AUGUUUACUUCUGAUGAAAAUGCAUCUAUUUCUAUCUGGUUAAACGUGAAGUUAGCAUCACUGAAUUAUUGCAUCUUUGAUAUCAAUCUUUCUGUCUACAACAAUGUUAAAAAACAAUUCGCUAUCAGUUUCCAAUCACCAACACAAGUGUCAAUUAUGAGAAUGUCACGAUCUUUUUGUCUUGAUGCCACACAUUGUAUUUCAUCCCGAAAUGAUGAAACGGCUGUUCCAAUCUACCAUUGGUUCCAUCAUCUUUGCAACAAGAGUAGUUUCGCACCAAUGAACAUCACAAUUGAUUGCAGCAUUCCAGAGCAACAUAAUCUUGACAGUAAGAUUAAGUUAAACGCGUCUUUCACUUCAGAACAACUUGGAAACUAUAAGAUUGCAUUGAAAAACUACUUGAGACAGAUUCUCAUUGAGUCAGACAAAGAAACAUUUUUAAAAGCCAUCAAUAAUUUCAAGUAG